UCCUCGUUCUUGUUUCCUUUUUGUCAACGCGAUAGUGUUAAGUCGCUUUCGCAAGUCCAGUCGUUUAUUGCUGCAUUUUAAUCGAAAUUACGAACUUCUUUUAAUGGAAUAUUAAGUGCUAAAGUGAAGACAGUAUAUCUAUUUCAAUUCCUUUGCUCGGUAAGAUGUCCAAAUCCAAAUCCAAGCAACAUCAGUUGAGCAAAAGCGAACAACGCGAUGAGUAUCGCAACUUUCGGGUAGUGUUCUCCUACUGCAUCUUGAUCAUCCUCCUACCGGUGGGCACUUUCUUCGGGUGCAAGAACCUGCUGUGCGAUAAGUUCUUCCAACUCACGGAAGUCAGCAGCAAUAUCUAUUCGGCGGUCGCAGCGGUCAUUGCUCUGCACAUAGCCCUUGGGUUGUACAUCUACCGUGCCUACUUCUACAGCGAUUCAUCGUCGGCAGCGCCUGCCGGAGGCUACCAGAAGGUCUCCCAGAAGCAGGACUAAGAAGUUCCUACUGUUAUCAUCAUCAACAAUCGUUUCAUACCCACACGAAAAGACAUUCCAUUCCCAUUUCCACAUCAUCCCAUCUGCUAAUUCGAUUCAAAAUGGACAAAUUGGAGCUAACGAAAGGUCAGAUCAUUCUGCUGGAGCUGGAGGAUGAAUGCGUCAUCGGAGAAGUCCUGCACAUUGGCGCCAAGAAGUCUUUCGUUCGCCUAAAGAACGUCCGGGAUUUUCAGAGCAAUGUCCCCAUAUCCGGCAAUCAGGACUAUUACAGCUCGGAAAUCCGCACCGUUAAAAUCAUUCAGGACAGCACCCUGGACGAAUCAAGUGGCCCCGAACAGAAAGAUGGGUCGUCAACGAGCAUCACCCGCCUCAACCUCGAAGACAUCCAGGACAUAUACGACCGGAUCGACAAUCACAUCUUCGUGUUCCAGACCGACAUCAAAUACCACGACGCAAUCAAGUAUCUGCGCACCCAGAGACUGCUCGCCAUUGGGAUGGAGGGCGUCGAGGGUGGACGACACUCGACUUCCCCGUCCCUCUUAUCCAUUGCCACGCCGGAGCGAAUUUACGUGUUCGAUGUGAUGUGGAUGAACGUGCCGAAGGAUUUGCGCGCCAUUCUGGGCGAUCCGAAGGUGCGACGCGUGGCGCACAACGCCCGGCUGGUGGAGGACGUGCUUCGGCAUCGGUAUCAGGCGCCGCUGGGAAAGUGCUUCGACACGCUGGUGGCGCACAUUUCGACCACAAACGACUACGACGAUCAGCACGAGUUGUCCAUCCAGGAGUGUCUGGCAAAGUACUUAAAUCUACCAAGCAACUUCUUCGACUCCAGCAUCAAGUUCAACAACCGACCGUUGAAAGAGUCGCAACGCAAGGCCGCCGCCAAGAAUGUGGCCUUUCUCCUAGCCCUGCAGGACUACCUGGUGCACGAAGUGAUGCUGGAGCCGUUUUAUCACAGCUGUCGCCAGUACGGUGCCAGCCUGGCCGGCGACGACGAGCAUCUGGUGAGCGUGAUGAAGCUAUCCAAGGGCCGCAACGAGGAUCUGCACGACAUCGAACGCUUCCGGUUGAACGUUAGGGGUGAGGGAGAGGACGAUGACGAGGUGGACGAGGUGGACGACUGAUGACAAGAGACAGUUGUGAGUGUGUGCGUUUUUAAAGAUUUAGGUAUGAAAUUGGACAACUUGAGUAUUGAUUUACGAUUUAUUUAAACAUUUGAAUUGUUAGAACAUAGACAAACAGACGUAACACUUAAAAUAAUUUGCAAUCGAAUACAUCGUCGCAAAACUGCUAUCGACAAAUACUAAAAGCACUGUAUUUUGUUAGGCGGCUACCAGAUGGCUGAAGCACAGACAAACAGACGUUACUCUCUCAUCAUUGUCCAUCGACCAUCUUUUUUAACGGUCGAUUCAAAAAUAUGGCAGGUGACCAAUCCGCCUCCUACAGCGCUCGCAUCGUUUUUGUUCGUGUUUGACGUUUACACACUACCGCCAUCUGUUGGCUUGUCGGCCAAACUUACCGAUUACCGAACUUACCGAGGCGUACAUGUCCUAGUGAUUAUGAUUUUGAUCGAGAUUUGUUCUAAGUGUUUGUCUGUGGCAUAAGUGUGUAUAAACGUCAAACUCGGAACAAAAACGAUAUCAACACUGCGAAUGAUGAGUUAUCGCAGACAAACAGAUGUAACAGGUAAAACAGUUAUCAAUUUAAAACAUAGUCACGCUUAAUGCUAAAACCACUGUGUUCCGUGGAUUGAAAACGAGGUGGCGGUAGUGUGCAAACGUCAAACUCGAGCAACAGCGAUACCAGCGCCACGAGUGAGCCAUUGGCAAACUAACAAAUACUAAAAUUGAGCGCUAUUUUGCUUCCCGAUGAAAACAAUUCGAGUGUUAAGUGAAUUUUGUUUGUGGAGUUAUCAUAUUUGUGAAACUGACGUUGAAAGGACGAUUGAUGGCGAGUGAAUGUGGAUAAAACUUGUGAAGUAAUCGUGUUCAUCGUUAGAAGAGUAAGCGAUAGAGAGCGAGUAGGAUGUUACGUCUGUUUGUAUGUGCCGAAUCUGUUUCUACUGGGCCUAUAACAAAUGUUAUAAAGCAUUCAUAAUUAAUAUCCUGAAUUUUUUAACAUGACGUUCGGUCCAAAGGGAUGUAAGAUGCGCUGGUAAAUCAAUUAGGUAACUUGUUUGAUCGCAAAGAUUCAUUAGAAUGUUUCGCCUUCGUCAGUUUUUAGAACUCAUUCAUUUUUAAGUCUUUUCAAAGAAUAAAGUAAAAAUGUAGCUUGAUUCAUUGUAAGCCGUAUAUGAAGGGAGAUGUUAAUAAGAAUCCACUUGGAAUUGA